CGCUGCGUCAGUGUGGCUAGCACCGUGAUGUUGGCACGUCGUGUGCCCUCCCACAACAAAUAAACAUUCCAAUUUCGAAAAAAACACGCGUAAUAUUUGACAUUUAGUAAAAUUAAGGACCAAUCAGUGCAUUUAUAUUAGGAACCAUGUUUUUUUUACUGAUAUUAGCGUUAGUUGGGUCUAUUACCCUAUGUUUUUUGCUAAUAGAUUCCCUAUGGAGUGUGUUGGAGCUUAUAUCUUCGUAUCUGAUGCCUUAUUUCCUGCCCAGUGAGGUGCAGCCACUAUCCAAGAAGUUCGGACCUUGGGCCGUGGUAACCGGUGCGACAGAUGGUAUCGGCAAGCAGUACGCGCUAGAGCUGGCUCGGCGAGGCAUCAACAUCGUCAUCAUCAGCCGGAACCCUGACAAGCUGAGGGCUGUGGCUUCUGAGAUAGAGAGGACGCACAAUGUAAAAACUAAAGUAGUGGUGGCAGACUUCAGUAAGGGAGCUGAGGUGUACCCGUACAUUGAGGAGCAGCUCAAGGACAUACCUAUUGGUAUACUAGUCAACAAUGUAGGCGUCAACUACGACUAUCCGAUGCCUCUAUGUGAAGCAUCUCCCACGAAGUUAUGGGAGCUCAUCAACGUGAAUGUGGGUGGUGUGACUGCGAUGUGCCGGGUGGUGCUGCCCGGCAUGGUGCAGCGAGGUCGAGGUGCUGUUGUCAAUGUGUCUUCAGGGUCUGAACUCCAGCCACUGCCGUUGAUGACUGUUUAUGCUGCUACCAAGGCCUACGUCCGAAGUUUCACAUACGCAGUCCGUGAGGAGUAUGCUCCAAAGGGUAUCCACAUCCAGCACCUGGCACCACUGUUCGUGUCCACCAAGAUCAACGCCUUCUCCCAGCGGCUGAUGGACGGCAAUCUCCUCGUGCCUGAUGCUGCUACCUACUCUAGAUACGCCGUCUCCACUCUGGGAAGGCAGCACAACACUACCGGGUACUGGUUGCAUGGAAUACAGUACUUCCUCAUCAAAGUGAUACCAGUUUGGUUGAGGACGAAGGUGGGCAUGCAGAUGAACAUACAGUUUCGCCAAGAAUACCUUCAGAACGCCAAGAUUAAGGCCAACUGAGGAGCACGCCAUAGUAUGAAUCAAGUCACUAGCAAAAAUCUCUCGCUAGGAAUAUCGAUGUUAGAAAAUUAAAUGUAAGGGUUUAAUUAAAUGAAGAAACUAACUUAACUAGAGUUCAAGAAAAUAACUUAAAACCUUCAAGAAAAGAGCGUAUUUCUUUUUAAAAGGCUGGUAACACAUCUGUCUCCUCUGGUGUGGCGGGUGCCAAUUGGCGGCGCUGAUCGCUUACCAUCAGGUGAUCAACUUGCUCGUUUGCCUCCUAUUCCAUAAAAAAAAAACUAAAAAUCGGUAAUUACUCUCGUGCGUAUAAUGAGAAAAGCUCUACUAGUGUCGUCGACUGACUAACUAGUCUACUGACAGUAGGCUGCGCAACAUCGCCGCGUCCGCGCACGCUGCUCAUGAGCAAGAGCCCCUCUGUGGCUCGAAACUAGUAGAGCUUUUCUCAGUAUAUUCACGUGAGUAACUCGAGAUGUUUAGUUGAUGCAGAAACUGUUCCAUAAUAAACUUUCAAAGUGUAUAAGAAAUGUAUAUUCGUAUUACAAAUAUUGUGAGACAGAAUAAUUCCUAAAUAUGUAUAUUAAAAUAAGGACUACAGAGAAACAAGCUGUCGCAGCUAAUUUCGUAUCGCCUCUUUGAAAAAUGGCAUCAAAUGUAAUGAACAAUAUAUUUUUUGUAUUAUAACUAUUGUCAGACACAGUUAUAACAUUACUUAGGUUGUACAGAUAUUUACGUAUCUCAAGCUUCACAGCUUGAGUUCGAUUAUCGCGCACAGCUCUUGAAUACGGGCCCCUGACGUGGUUUUGUUUUGGGACUUUUAUAGGUGAUGUACUAACGAGUAACAUAGGAUACUUAUAUUUUGGAAAGCAGAAACAGAAAAAGUUAGGUCCUAAAAUUCAUAUACCGUUACUAGGCGGACGAAGUCGCAUAGUAUAUGAUUUUAUUUUUAUUCUAUUGUCUAAAACUGAGAUAAAUUGAAUAAAAAUAAUGAUUACCUAUUUUUAAAAUAUAGUUUAAAUAUAGUACAUGACAAUUAAUAUUAUGUACAUCUGUCGAGUUAUAGAAAUAGCAACUUUGAUUUUUGUGAUAUAGAGCAUAUUUUUCGUUAAAAUUUUUUGUGAACUAUUCAGCUCAUUUUUUUACAUAUUGAAAUCAAGUUUAAGUACAUAGCAGUGAGGUUAAUAUUUGUUUACUGAACAUUUAUAAUUUUUAAUUUUGUUAUGGACGAAAUAACUUAAAUGUUAGUUUGCACCUAUGUGUAUAAAUAAAUAGAAUAAUAAAUGUGAUAUUGUUAAGUGAACUUUUGUAAAUGUAAAUAAUUAAAAU